AUGUCUAAUUACUCGGGAUUUCAAAAUAGAUAAUAACUAUCGCAAUAUGAAUAAUUAUUAUAAUUGCUUCUAGUUACCUUAAAUAAGAGAUUAGUCAAAUUUUAUUAAAAUGAAGAAUGUGAUGAAUUAGCAUUUCGCAAUAUUUUUCAAAGAAUCAUAUCUGGUAUCAAAACUCUAGAAUAAUAGUAAAUGUUUUAAACUUAAUAUAAUAGAAAAUUUAUGCCUCCAAGGUUUAGUGAAACAGUUAAAACUUUAUUUGAGAUUUUAAAAUUAGAAGAAUAGCAACAAGUAUCAAAAAAUCUAUAUAGAGUGAAAGGUUAUACAUGAAUCCAUAAUUUGAUUUAAUCUCUAAAUAAGCCAAUAUUAUAAUGAACUAAGAUAAAAAGCCAAUAUAACAUUUGUAAUAUAAAUUACAAGAAGAUUAUCAAGAAAUGCCACCUCAUCCAUUAAUGCAUAUUGAACAAAGAUAAGAUUCAACUAAAUUGGAUAUAAUUUUUUAGAAAAUUGAUAAAUAGGAAAAAAUCGUUAAACUAGAAUAAAUUGAUAAAAAUAAGAAAUUUGAAAGUGGAAUUACUGAAACAAUUACACCUCGUAAAGUUAAAGAAUCAUAAAAAUAAUUAUAAUUUAAUUAAUAAUAAUAAUAGAAUUUGAUACCAAAAGAAUUUAUGAAUUAAAUAGAAGAAUAUGUAACUAGAAAUGUGCUUGAUAAAUUGAACCUUACAAAAAGAUCAAAGAAAAAAAAAUAAAGAUCUUCAUCAAAUGCUUUUUAAUUUAGAUAAGUUCUUUUAACAACAGGUGAUAAAUAGAAUUAAUCAUUUUAAUCAACAUAGAGAAAAUUUAAUAAUUUGAUAUGA